ACUUCCCACGGCGCACUACAGUGCGUCUACUGGCGGGGUUUCCUCUAGGAUAAACUGUUUAAACACGGGAUAACUAACCAUAAGCGCUGUACUCACAAUAUGAAUCACAAGCAGUAUAAAUAGUGAACUUGGCACAUUUCGUUGUCUUAAUCUGCCGACUACAGCUGUCCCGAGUCAGCUUAAUCGACACUUUUUUGAGUGCAAGGUUAAUGCUUAGAAAUUACCGGAGCGACUUUACAACAUCGCCAUUAUGUUUCGGCUUGACUAUGCAUCGUUGUUUUCAUACUUUACAUCCAAAAGCUACUUUUAUUAACUCAAGCUUAACUCAUAUUCAUAACUCUUAAUCCGAAUCCUUAUAGUUAUUAAUGGUCGAAUUUGUGGUCUUCUAAAAUCGCAUUUAUUAUUUGCCGCUACGUUUAUAAGAAAUAUGGACCAGCCUUCGUUAUAUUUAUUGUUUUCAUAUGGCUGCAUAUUUUGGGUUUCCUUCUCAUCCGCUCAGCUGGAUUAUCACUGCUCGAUCAUUGAAUCCAGCUGCGAAGAAGAGCAGCUCCUGGACAAUCUUACGGACCGUGCCAUGAAUGGUCGGCGUUGCUUCUGUGACGAGAAAUGUGCUUUGUUUGGGGAUUGUUGUGAUACACCCUUGCAGCCGAUUGUAACCGUCGUCAACACCACUCCGGCUACAUGCAUUAGCGUACCGUUCUCCACCAAUAGCCAUGUAGGAAUGUACGUGCGUGACCUUUGUUCCGAUGGAACGCAGUGUGCAGCUAGCGACACUGACCUUUUCACGGUUAUCCCGGCAUUAAGCAAACGCAGUCGGCUGGCAUAUCGCAAUAUCUUGUGUGCUUUGUGUAACGAUGAAAACAUGAAGGAUUUGCAGUUUGGUCAAAUUGACCUAAGGUGCAGUAAAGAUUUGAGCGGACUGAACAUAACUGUAACCAAUCCUCUGCCAUUUUUUGCUCCGGAUUAUCCCGAUCCUCUCGUGCGAAAGAGCUGCCGGUUGACCUACAGCUUUUCGUCGAAGGCGAAUAUUACAAAAUGUGUGCCGUCGGUCGAUGCAUGUCCAGAUGGGACAAACGCGACUGCCGCAGCCCAGUGUCGGUCGUAUAUGCGGACCGUGACUUACAAUGAAACUGUCUACAAAAACCCAACUUGUGCUGCUUGUAAUGGCGUGGACAUCAAAACACUACAAUUCAAUAACUGCAUGUCCCCGCUAUUACUUGACGUUGAGAUUGAUAUUCCUCCGAUUACGGUCAACGGCACCGAUCUCAUCGCCACGGAUGUCUUCAAAAUACCAACACUGGGCUAUUCCAUGACGAUGCUGCUGGAUCUGAAUUUGGACGAUGGGAAUGUGGUGGGCGCCAAACGGAAGUGUGCGGAAGGAUGGGUAUUUGAUCCUUGGCAAGAGCGUUGCCGUAAGAUCUUCUGUCCUAAUCAGCAAGUCUAUGAAGAUGGAUUGUGCAAAUUCAAGACCACAGCGCCGUCAACGUCCACUGACGGGAAUCCUGGCACAGUAUUUCCGUCUUCGAAUCAACCGAUCACACUUCCCAGCGACAAGAAUAAUAAGUUUCCCGCGGAUGCCGUUUAUUGUCCACGGAUCGAGUUCCUUCCCAACGAGUAUCACGUUAUCGGGAACACUCUCUAUGUAAAUUCAUCAGGACACUCCUACAAUUUGACGGAUGUAAUUUUCAACAACUCCGUUGUCGCCGUUUGCAUUUCUGAUGAGUAUGACGCGUACGUCGCUGCGUUCUCAAAUUCGGAGAUUAUCCUUUCUAUUGUCUGUUUUGCCUUGUCGUUAUUUUGUUUGAUUCUCCAUUUUGCAAUGUACAUUUUGGCCGGAAAAACCAAACUAGUCCCGGACUUAAACAUGUUGAGUAUAAGCGCCACAAUAUUUACCGUGCAUUUACUGCUAUUGUUGGCGCCAUUAGUGCAGUAUGCUCUUUCCUUGAAUUCCGUUCCUUGCACGGUUAUCGGCGUAGUUCUGCAUUACAUGGCACUGGCGUCCUUUUCCUGGUCAACGGUGAUUGCCUUCGACAUUACAAAGACGGUGUUGUCACUGGAGAAUCCUUCCAUUAACUCAACAACGUAUGCCAAUUACAUCCGCUACAGCCUGUUUGCUUGGCUGGUGCCCUUAAUAUCCCUGAUUCCUGCCAUUGUGCUGGAUCAAGUCCUGCCGGAAAGUGAUUACAGUCCUAUUUACGGCCGGAAUAUUUGUUGGAUUAACCGUCGAAAGAGUUUGUGGAUAUUCUUCGGCGCACCCGUUGUACUCAUCGUGUUCUGCAAUGUGAUUUUUUACGGCACAACUAGCACGGCGUUGUGGAAGAAUCACAAAAACAAAACCUUACUAACCAAUCUGGGGCCAAAAUCUUCUACUGCCUCCAGCAAAAAAACUCAGUUCACACUGUACCUGAAAUUGGCAAUGAUUAUGAGUAUUGCCUGGAUAACUGGUUUCUUUGCGGUCGCCGUGUCGCCAUUGCGCUACGUGAGCAUCAUUAUGAAUGGCCUGCAAGGGAUGUACAUAUUUUUAGCGUUUUCCUGUAAAAAAAGCAUGAUUCAGCUGAUCGUUAAUCGCCGCAAGAGGAUCGGCACAUAUAUACUGCGAAUCAACAGUUUGAAACCUACUCUGUCCGGAAAAUCUACCGCGUCGACUGGAUUUUCGCAUGAUAAAUCGCCGGUCACAAAAUCCCUUUCGGGAGUCACUGUCACAACGAAGCUAUCUUCUUCCUCGCAGAAAACCAAUAAGCGUCUAUAAAGAUAUUAGCUUUCUGGUGUUUAAUGUUUCUAAACGCGGAUCUCACUUUCAAGCUGCACGUGACGAAAAUCAGUUGUUAUUAGUGUCUUGUUCCUUCUAAAUCCUGUGAUUAUUUCGAACCGUACAUAAUUGAACAUAACUAUCUCCGCACGAUAAUUAAAGGUCACUUUGUAACUUUUAUGUAUAUAGUCGUUACUGGUUAGUGGUGCUUGGCUCGCUGGUCAGGAUCCAUUAAUUAUUUCAUUGGAUGUCUCAGUACCUACAUCAGCACUGUUGCUUACGUUGAUGAACAUAAUACGAGUACUAUCGAAAACGAU